CGUGGGAAUCAUUUCUUACUUAAGCUUUGCAAGAAUGUUCUAAGCUUUGAGGCUGGCUCGCCCUUUUAUUUGGCAUAUAAAACCUGAACUGGGUUCUAUCAUGUGUUUUUGUCUGUGCUCAAGAUUUAUUUUUUGUUCCCUUUUUCAUGAAGGUGGCUGAUAUCUGGAAACAAUUCCGGUUUGAGCUAGCUGAGGAAUCAAUUAAUUAAUUGAAACCAGUCCAGGUCAUGGAUGUUUCAUUGAUAAGCAGGCUAGCUUCCUUCAGAAGGCUACGGCUAUUUGUUUUUACUGUGUUGGUGGCUGUGGAUGCUGGUGAUACCAGUGUUUCAGUCCCGAGACCAGGAACUGUGAAUAUAGGAGUUCUGUUUACAAUGGAUUCUGUGAUUGGAAGAGCAGCAAAGCCAGCACUUCAAGCUGCAACUGAUGAUGUUAAUUCUGAUUCAAGCAUUCUUAAAGGAGUGAAAUUGAACCUAAUUUUACAUGAUACAAAUUGCAGCGGAUUUUUGGGAACCGUUGAAGCUUUGCAGCUGAUGGAAAAUGAUGUGGUUGCUGUAAUUGGGCCUCAAUCAUCUGGGAUAGCUCAUGUCAUCUCCCAUGUUGUUAAUGAACUUCAUGUGCCACUUCUGUCAUUUGCAGCAACAGACCCCGCACUUUCUUCACUGCAGUACACCUAUUUCCUCCGCACCACACCGAGCGAUUAUUUCCAGAUGUAUGCGAUCGCUGAUAUGGUUGACUACUACGGAUGGAGAGAGGUAAUAGCUAUCUAUGUAGAUGAUGAUUAUGGCAGAAAUGGAAUUUCUGUGUUGGGUGAUGCAUUGGCAAAGAAGCGUGCAAAGAUUUCUUACAACGCUCCUUUCACUCCUGGAGCCACCAGAAGUGACAUAAAUGAUCUGUUAGUUGGAGUAAGCCAGAUGGAAUCGCGUGUUUAUGUUGUGCAUGUUAAUCCUGACUCUGGUUUGACAGUCUUUUCGGUUGCUGAAGUCCUCGGAAUGAUGACCAGUAGCUAUGUCUGGAUUGCUACAGAUUGGCUUCCUUCUCUUAUUGAUUCAAUGGAACCAGUUGAUACUGACACUAUGAACCUCAUACAAGGGGUGAUUGCUCUUCGCCAUCACACCCCAGAUUCAACUGGAAAAAGGAAUUUCAUGGCUAGGUGGAAUACUUUAAAGUAUAAAGCGAGAUUUGGGCAUUCUGGCUUCAAUUCUUAUGCACUUUAUGCUUAUGAUUCUGUUUGGUUAGCUGCCCAUGCUCUUGAAGUUUUUUUCAAUGAAGGUGGAAUUGUCUCCUUUUCUAGUGAUCUGAGGUUGCAUGACACAAAUGGAAGCACACUGCACUUGGCAUCACUUCGUGUUUUUGAUGGAGGCGCCCAGUUUCUCCAGACUCUUAAUCGGAUAAACUUUGUAGGACUAAGUGGUCAGAUCCAAUUUGAUCCAGAUAGAAAUUUAGUUCAUCCUGCAUUUGAUGUGGUUAAUUUUGUUGGAACAGGGGUCCGCACGGUUGGUUUUUGGUCAAAUUAUUCUCAUCUUUCUGUUGUUGCCCCAGAGAUAUUAUAUACGAAGCCUCCCAAUACUUCUACCAGCAAUCAAAAACUCCACGAUGUAAUAUGGCCUGGUGAAAUCACAAAAAGACCACGAGGUUGGGUUUUCCCCAACAAUGGAAAAACACUGCAAAUUGCUGUCCCUAACCGUGUAAGCUACAAAGCAUUUGUGGCUGAAGACAAAAGUCCUCCAGGGGUGAAAGGUUACUGCAUAGAUGUCUUUGAAGCUGCAGUUAAUCUACUAUCUUAUCCCGUCCCACGCUCAUAUGUAUUAUUUGGAGAUGGCAAAAGAAAUCCCGUCUACAAUGAUCUGGUGAAUCAGGUUGCCCAGAAUAACUAUGAUGCAGCAGUUGGAGAUGUAACAAUUAUUACAAAUAGAACAAGGAUUGUGGAUUUCACACAGCCUUACAUGGAGUCGGGACUUGUUGUGGUUGUACCUGUCAAGGAGGAAAAGUCUAGUCCUUGGGCUUUCCUCCAGCCAUUUACUUGGCAAAUGUGGGGUGUUACUGGUGCCUUCUUUCUUUUCGUGGGAGCUGUUGUUUGGAUUCUUGAGCAUCGGCUCAACCAUGAAUUCCGUGGUACUCCAAGGCAGCAACUUAUGACAAUAUGUUGGUUCAGUUUCUCAACAAUGUUUUUUUCUCACAGAGAGAACACUGUCAGCACCCUGGGAAGGAUGGUGCUGAUCAUAUGGUUGUUUGUAGUUUUGAUUAUCAAUUCGAGCUAUACAGCUAGUUUGACAUCGAUCCUCACAGUGCAGCAGUUCACAUCGCGGAUUCAAGGAAUUGACAGUUUGAUCUCAAGUUCUGAACCAAUUGGAGUUCAGGAUGGAUCAUUUGCCUGGAACUAUUUGGUUAAUGAGCUCAACAUCGCUCAAUCUAGGCUUGUUAAUUUGAAAAGCCAGGAAGAAUAUGCUACUGCAUUUCGUCUAGGACCGAAUGGUGGUGGGGUGGCUGCUAUUGUCGAUGAGCUGCCUUACAUUGAACUUUUCUUGGCCAACGCCAAUUGUGGAUAUAGGACUGUAGGGCGGGAGUUUACAAAAAGCGGAUGGGGAUUUGCAUUUCAAAGGGAUUCUCCUCUUGCAGUUGACUUGUCAACUGCCAUCCUUCAACUCUCAGAGAGCGGUGAACUCCAAAAAAUCCAUGAUAAGUGGUUAUCACAUGGUGAUUGUUCUAUAACGGACCAAAUUGAUGCAAACCGCCUCUCGCUAAAGAGUUUCUGGGGAUUGUUCCUCAUAUGUGGUAUUGCAUGCUUGCUUGCUCUUAUUAUGUUCUUCUAUAGGGUAUUUUGUCAGUUCCGCAGAUUUUCUCCUGACGUUGAGACGACACAAGGGGAGGAGAUUGAGCAGGGUAGGAUUAGGCGUCCAAUCGGCUCAACUAGCUUCAAGAACCUGAUGAAUUUUGUAGAUAGGAAAGAAGCAGAGAUUAAGGAGAUACUUAAACGGAAGAGUAGCGAUAGCAAACGACAUGCCAGCCCAAGCACAGACGGGCAACCCCAUUUGCCAUCUUGAAUAAAGUUUGCCUCUUGAUCUGGUGAAGUUUCAAAUUAUGCUCCAUUUGAUUAGUAUAUAAAACGAAUACAAAUUCAUACAUACUAGCAUACACAAUUCCCUUCCCUGCAUAACACAAGUAGGCUGAUUGAUAUUAGAGUUAGAUAGCUAUGGUGUACCGUUUUCUUCUCGAAAACAGUGAGGUUUUUAAGAUGUGCAUAGAGGAUCUUCUAUUUUAAUCUUCUUCAAAACUUGACGGAUUUUUGUAUAACUAGCUGUUUAGUACUAUUCUAUUUCAACCUUUCUCAAGUGCAUGCCUAGCAUGAUGGAUUUAGCAAA